UGCAGAUUGGAUAUGCAUUACUUUUAGCUUAAAGUAUUCUGAUUUGAUGGUAAAGAUGUUUUUCUCACCAGCCCCCUGUCUCAUCCUUCUACUCGUCUUGAACUUCACUGAUGCUGGACGGAUUCUGAGGAAGAUCAAGGAGCGUGUGCGUAAUCUCCAGCUGCAGGAAGCCAAGCAGCAUCUCCAGAAGCAGAUCAGUGGUCAUCAGCCUCUCCAACAUGUUAAGGAGGGCAGGAUUCACCAACAGCUGGACCACUUCAACCGACAAGACGUUAGCACCUUCCCUCAGAGGUUCUUUGUGAAUGAGGCAUACUGGCAACGUCCUGAUGGUCCAGUGUUCCUCUUCAUCGGAGGAGAAGGGCCCAUCUUUGAGUUUGAUGUUCUGGCAGGUCACCAUGUUGACAUGGCUGAAGAGAACGGGGCUUUGCUAUUGGCUCUGGAGCACCGUUUCUAUGGUGACAGCAUCAACCCUGAUGGCCUCAAAACGGAGAACCUGGCACACCUGAGCAGCCAGCAGGCGCUUGCUGACUUGGCUGUAUUCCAACAGUACAUCAGCCAAAACUUCAAUCUGAGCCACAGGAACACGUGGAUUAGCUUCGGAGGCUCGUACUCUGGAGCUCUGUCUGCCUGGUUCAGAGAAAAGUUUCCCCACCUGGUGUAUGGAGCUGUGGCCUCCUCUGCUCCUGUCAAGGCGAAGUUGGACUUCUCUGCCUACAGCAAUAUUGUUGGCUUGAGUCUUAUGAACGAAGCAGUUGGUGGCUCAGAAAAGUGUCUGGCUGGUGUGCGGGAAGCAUUUGCUGCUGUGGAAGCACUGAUGAGUGGGAAUGCUAGCCAAGUGGCCAUGGAUUUUGGCUGCUGUACGAUCCCUAAGAAUCUUGAUGAUCAGAUUGAGCUAAUGCAAAACCUGGCCGACAUCGUCAUGGGAACAGUGCAGUACAAUGAAGAAGGAGUGCUCAUGUCUAUUAAUGAGCUCUGUGGUGUUAUGACCAAUAAGAGCAAGGCAUAUGAGGAGGAGAUGGAGGCUUACAACCGCCUUGUUAAACUUGCUAAGAUCUACCAUUCCACCAGUGAGGAACCGUGUCUGGACAUCUCCCAUGAGAAAACAGUGAAGGAUCUGAUGGACACGUCCCUCCCCUCAGGCAGGAGAGCGGCGAGACAGUGGACUUACCAGACCUGCACCGAGUUUGGCUUCUGUACUACACACACACACACACACACACACACACACACACACACACACACACACACACACACACUAGAAUCUGGAUCAAGAACACAUAGUCAACCAUUUUCUUGUUAUAUCCUGACAUCCCUUCUGUCUUUGUGUGUGUGUGUGUAUGUGUGUGUGUGUGUGUGUGUGUGUGUAGACCAGACUUGUGAGGAUGCCACUUGUCCGUUCUCUGGGAUGAUGACCCUUCAAGCCCUGACUCAAUUCUGUCCCAUGCUGUUUGGCAUUUCCCAGCAUUCCCUGCCUGGACGCAUUGCCUUCACAAACACUUACUAUGGAGAAAAUGUCAACCCACACACACACAGGGUCCUCUAUGUCAAUGGUGGAGUUGACCCAUGGAAGGAGCUGUCGGUGGUCCAGGACAGGACAGAGGACGGAGAGGAUGCCCAGACCAUUUUCAUUAGGGACACUGCUCACUGUGCUGAUAUGAUGAGUAGAAAAGCCACAGACCGCUGCUCGCUCAAGAAAGCCAGAGAGGAGAUUGAGAAACAUGUGGUCAGUUGGCUGAAGAUGGCUGCUGCAGGAGAAGAUUGAGAAAAGGACGGUGUGAUCAGAUCACAUUACAUAAAACCUGAUCAGCUCUUAUCACUGACCCCUGCAACCGAUAAGGAGCAACUAGUGUGCUUGGCUGCUCUGCUUCAUCAUUAUCUUCCUCUAUUUCCUCUCUAAGCCCCUCCUGUUCUCCACCUCCUCCCCAUCCCUCCACAACUGCACUGUGCUUGAUCUGUAUGAUUUGGUUUUAUUCCCAAAGGAUUUUUUUUAUGUCUUUACAGAUGCUUUUAAAGUUGAAAUCAAUUUGGGAUUGCAGAACGAGUUUCAUUUAUGUUCCUCUCCCCUAUGUAUCUUAGUUGUCUUAGAUUUGAUAUUUAUGGAUAACAUUAAGGUUUACACCUGCUGAGUUUAUGAGACUUCAUGCUUAUAAUAACACAUAUUUACUGGCUGUGUUCUACAUAUUAGCUUAUGCUUUGUUUUUUCACAAUAUUCAUCAGUUGCCAUAACCCUGUAUUAUCACUAGGGCGCGAUAUUGCUACAUAUGUGUAAAACCCAUUUCUUGAUCCUCAAUCUCUGUAAAACACCAGGAAACACAACUCAGAAUAAUUUUCCACGCUGGUAUUUAUCUGUUGUUCUUAAUAAAAGGCAGCAAUAUUGUUAU